CCUUCUCUUUCUUUCUCUCUCUUACGCUUACUACCCUUUUAAUCGAGUACAAUUUUCUCGGAGGAGAAAAACUCGCCGAGAAGACUGCGGAGACCUCUGACCGUCCAAUCUGGGAAAGUACUUCUCAAUUCAUCGGCACCUGAUCGCAAUGCCAGCUUUCCUUGCCAACUCUUGUAAUUUAAGCUCACCUUCCAUCUCCAUUUUCCUUUGAUUCUUUUCCUUGGGUAAGAAUCCACUCUCUCCUUUGAACUUUUCUCUUUCGACAAUCUUUUUGAGAGUUUUUUCUUAGCUACCCACUUAGAUUGUCCAUAAUUUUUCGCCUUGUAUUUCGACUCGAUAGCCUGUGAUUUUCAGCAUCUGGGUUUUUCGAGUUUGGUCUUGUUGUUGUGACCCCUGGGAUUUUUCAAUUCCUUGUGGGGAUUUUUUUUACUAGCUGUAUACGUGGUUUUGUGCUGUUUUAGAAUAUGGGUUUUCAUCAAUUUUGAUUGAAAGGCCUGAAAAAAGGAGGCUGUUGUUUUGGUUUUGGCUUCACUUUGAAAAAAAAAAUAUGUCCGUGGAUGUUGCUUUGAGUCCGAUUCGGAAGGAAUCGGUACAUUCUUCCGGGUACUUUGGGAGCCGGCGAGGAGGACACUGCUCGAGCGAAUCUAUCCUAAUUUAUCUCAGUGUGGCCGGCUCUGUGAUUCCCAUGCGUGUUCUGGAAUCCGAUUCGAUUGCGUCUGUGAAACUUAGGAUCCAGACAUGUAAAGGGUUUGUAGUGAAGAAGCAGAAGCUUGUGUUUGGGGGCAGAGAAUUGGCCAGGAAUGAUUCCCUGGUUAAGGAUUAUGGUGUGACUGGUGGGAAUGUGUUGCAUUUGGUUCUAAGGCUCUCUGAUCUUUUGCUCAUCACCGUCAGAACCAUUUGUGGAAAGGAGUUUGAAUUUCACAUUGAUCGAUACCGGAAUGUGAGGUACCUGAAGCAAAGGAUUCUGAAGAAAGGGAAAGGUUUUGUGGAUAUUGACGACCAAGAAAUCUUCUUUAACGGUGAAAAGCUCGAAGACCAAAGACUCGUUGAUGAUAUUAAUAAGAACAAUGAUGCAGCUAUUCACUUGGUGGUCCAGAAAUCUGCGAAAGUUAGAGCUAAACCCCUUGAGAAGGAUUUGGAGCUGUCCGUGGUGGCUGAAGUCCCUGAUGAAAAAAGGGAUGAGGAAGUCAAGGAAUCAGGAGAGAACCGACCAGCGGACCUUCCACUUGUAACAAGUAAGCCACUUUGUAGAGAUAGAGAUUUCUUGUUGGAACCCAUUUGUGUUAAUCCCAAGGUUAAGUUUCCAAAAUCCGUCUGGGAUAUGUUCAACUCCACAUUUGAUGGUUUGGAGAAAGGCCAUGAACCCAUCAGGUCCUCUGAGGGCACUGGAGGAACUUAUUUGAUGCAAGAUGCAUUAGGCCAAGAGUAUGUUUCUGUGUUUAAGCCUAUUGAUGAAGAGCCCAUGGCUCUGAACAAUCCCCGAGGAUUGCCGGUUUCUCUGAAUGGUGAAGGGCUUAAAAGAGGAACCAAGGUUGGAGAUGGAGCACUUAGAGAAGUGGCUGCCUAUAUAUUGGAUCAUCCAAGAACUGGACCUCGGACCCUAUCAGGCGAACAGGUUAUGGGAUUUGCUGGUGUGCCUCCCACGAUCAUGGUUCAGUGCUUGCAUAAAGGAUUUAACCAUCCAGAAGGGUAUGAGAGUGCACCAAAGAACGUUAAGAUAGGAUCAUUGCAGAUGUUCAAGAGGAAUGAGGGAAGUUGUGAGGACAUUGGUCCCGGAGCCUUCCCUAUCGAGGAGGUGCAUAAGAUCACUGUCUUUGACAUAAGGAUGGCCAAUGCAGAUAGGCAUGCUGGAAAUAUUCUGCUGAGCAAAGGGGAAGAUGGUCAAACUGUGCUUAUUCCAAUUGAUCAUGGAUACUGUCUGCCUGAUAGUUUUGAAGAUUGCACAUUUGACUGGCUUUACUGGCCACAGGCACGCCAGCCUUAUUCUCCUGGCACCAUUGAGUACAUAAACUCAUUAGAUGCUGAAAGAGAUAUUUCCCUUUUGAAAUAUUAUGGGUGGGACAUUCCUCUUGAGUGUGCCCGAACACUCCGCAUUUCCACUAUGCUUCUAAAGAAAGGAGUACAGAGAGGUUUAACUCCUUUUGCCAUUGGAAGUAUCAUGUGUAGAGAAAAUGUAAAGAAAGAAUCAGUCAUCGAGGAGAUUAUUCAAGAAGCGUGGGAUGCCUGUCUUCCAGGCAUGAGCGAAGCAGCAUUUCUCGAAGUUGUCUCCGAGAUCAUGGAUUCCUGGCUUGACAAACUUGCAAACUAGUUUAUACUUCUUACAGAGUAUAUGAGUAUAUAUAUUUAUAUGCUUUUGUGUACUAAUUAAAAUGACCAGUUCAUUUUUAGAUGUACUGCUGGUCAUAUGUAAUGUGGAUACUUACUUGUUCCACUGAAGCGUCUUUGACUUCUGUCAACUCAUGCUUGAGAUUGUAUUGCAGUGUUGAAACAGAGGUGUAAAGAUCAUAAUAAGAUGUAUUAUGCUCAGAUAUAUGGAUUGCAGGGUUUGUAAUAAUCUCUUUGUAGUAUAGUACCAUAGCUCAAUAUGUAUUGUAUAUAAAUCUGAGCCCCUAUUUCUGAUUCAAAGCUCGUAAAAAGGAGCUUUGUAAAUUGAUAGUGGAGGGCAUGGACAACCGUGAUUAAGGUUUGUCUAUCACGGGUUGUAAUAUAGUGUGGUAUUUCAAAUUUCAAUAUUAUAAUAAAAAUGUUAUAGCAUUUGAAAUUUA